CUGGUGGAGGAGGAGGCGUUGUUGGUGGGCCUGGACGCGGAGCUUCACAGACCGGCCAAGUCUAUGAGCCUGACAGCGCAGCUGCAGGCGCUGAGGAGAGCGCUCUACCACAAGUACCUCCAGGAGGUGGCCGCGCUGAAGGAGCAACACUGUGCUGAGCUCACCAGACUCAGAGAAGAGCGGGAGCAGGAAAAGAGAGAGAAAGUGAGGGAGGAAGGGGUGGAGGAGGUGUGGUCACAGGUGAAGCAGGAUCCGGAGGGCAUCAACGGGGGCAUCCGCUCUAUCGAGGGGCCCAGCGCGGAGGAGAGGAGACACCAGGAGAGGGUGGAGGAGGAGAUAGCUAAGGUAAGAAGUUGACUGCCGAACAGGCAAUAUUGAAAGGGGACAAUUAUUAAACUCCCCAAAAAACAAGAGCUAUUGUAGGCGAUAGACAAACUUAAAUGUUGCUUUCAUGUACUAACAACAGCUCAGGCAUACAGUAUCUGGCUAAAUAUGUGUAGGUAUGCAAAUCAUAUUUUGUACAUAGUUUAAGUCGAUUUCAUAAUGACAAAUAUUUUCGUAUUCUGAACAACCUCCCUUCCUGACGUGUUUGUAUCUCUGAGGUCCUACUGUACUCUUGUAGAAUGACUUAAACGACUAACAAGCAAGAAAACAUAUCCUGGAGAAUUUUGGAGAGUGCAGAUAUUUGGCUGGUAUUUUAAUGAGCAGCCUAUGUAUGUUUAAAGCACUAACUGUAUCCGAGGGCACAGUUGAAUCCUGUGAACUUAACACACACAGGAGUCAUAUGUACUUAAGUACAAAGCAUACCGUUUAAGUUGCACCGAAAGUUUUUAGCAUUUAUUAGUGGGGAGCAGUGCUUUUAGUCCUAUCUGGAUUGAAUUGCCUUUCAAAUUUAGUUGAAAAUAUACUUUUUAUUUCACUUAACAACAUUAAGUUCAAACCAUUCCACUAUGAUGCCUCAUACGCAUCUCUCUUAGGUCAUAGUUCAGAUGUCGGUGGAGUUUGCCCAGCAGAGCGAAUUGGCCCGAAUCGCUAAGAGUGCCCGUGAGACCACCUCGGCCAUGCAGACCCAGUCCGAGGAGGACGAGGAAGAGGAGCAGCAGACCCCCAGGACCUCACUCACCAAGGGGAUCUCUCCGGAGGAGGUGCAGAGGAGGUUCGCGGAGGACAAAGAGAGGCUGGAGAGAGAGCUGGAGGAGAGGACUGCGGAGCUCCGUAGGAUUAAAGAGCAGCUUCGGCGCGGAGGUCCUGGAUCUGAGCAGGUUAGCAAUGGGGCUUUCCUGAUAGCGCUUUCAUGAGUGAGUUUGAUUUCAACAGCAGCAUGUCUCGGAUGGAGGCAGUUGAUACUAGACUUAGCAUGGUAUUUGGGGUUAUGACGUUUAGGUUGGCAUUAGGUGCUAGGUUGCACAGGCUUAGUACUUUGAAUAGUUCUUAAGAUCUACAAAACAUGCAAUCUAAAAUACCAAAUACAACCACCAUCAGCAGAAGCUGAAUGUAGUUCUUUGUUAAAUGAAGCGACAAUGAUUUUCAUCCACCUGCCAAGUAUUGUCUCUUCUAACCCAUUGCUCUCCAUAUUGAGAAGCACUUAGUGGGUUAAACCACUUGAUCGCCUGAGGAAGGAUAUUAUUAUACCUCACAUGGUGUAGUUUGCUUUGUACAAACCCUCCAGGGGCCUUUUGAAGGAUAACACUGUGUCCUUACACUAGAUGUUCCCCUUCUCCUUCUAGCCCUUUCUCUCAAUGUUUUUUUUUUUUUAGCCUAAGCCCCAGCCUACUAUCAGAUGAUGUCCAAUGUGUGUCUAGUCGAAGAGGCUGUGAUGUCUAACCGAAGCCGCUUCACUCGGCUGCCAUAUUGGCUACACCCACAGGGCGUUUAUUUUCAUUAGGAAGAACAUAGCCUGUUUGCUAGCAUUGGCACCUAAAGUAUGUGCUAAACAUUAACUAAUGCAACUGCAAAAAAGUAUAUGCCAUAGUAACUUUUCGUUUAGAUUUUUUGCAUUGCUAAAGAGUCUAGCAAGCCUCAAUGUAACAAUGCUUGCCUACUUGAAAGCAUACAGUAGAUAUUUCUAUGUCCUCAUAAGCGAUAAGUGUGGGAGGAAAUUGAAGCACCAUCGUAAUAUGAUCUGAGUACUUGAGCUGUCAUUCAAGCCCUGUGUUUCACAUGCUUGAGAUAUUGAUGCUGAACUAAAUAUUUGUGUAUUUUGAAAGGUCAUUGUGGGAAGUACUGACCACACUCAUGGUGUGCUACACACACACCCACACACACAUCCACACACACACACACACACACACACACACACACACACUCACCGACCCCUUGCUCCGGCAGGCUUUUCACAAUACAUUUAUUGCAUGAUUAGGCAUUACCUCCAUGAUGAAACACUUAAGACUAAUCCUGUAAUGUUGAAGACAACUUGGCAAAGAAGUUAUUUAACUGCAAUUUACCCGAUUUGUGUUUUUUGGUUGUCAGAGGGUAGUUCAUAGCUGGAGUUUGCAUGCAUUUAGGCAACUUUUUCCCUUUGUUUGAGUGUGUGUGUGAGUGCAUGGAAGAGAUUGCAUGUAUAAAUAAGUUCCUUACUUACUUGACAAACUUGCAAAGUUGAUACAAGGGGUGAGCUAAGCUACGAGCUAAUGUUUACACCACUGAAUCACAAAUGUUCUAACGUUUUGAUUCAAAGAAAAUAUGAAGCAGCAAACACCGAUUCUAAGUUGUUGUGAAUGUUAUCAUUUUGGUCAUUUUAAUAAAUUAAGGCGACUUGCUUAUUGAGUGCAGAUGGGAUAUUCCUCCGAUGGAGAUGGAGGGAACGAGAGAAAAGAAAGUGGAAAGAAGGAAAGGGCAAAACCGCAAAUGAAAAUCAGAGGCUCACAGAAAGAAAAG